AUGGCUGCUGCGCUGGCGGCGACUCUGCCGACCGCGCCUGCUGCACCUCAGCCAGUCGCGCCCACUUACGAGGCGAUCCCUGCAUCGAUGAGCAAGCUCAUUGACGUCGAGGCCGAAAUACCCUUGACAGAGGUCCAGCUGGACGGUAUGGUAGUUAGCAAAAUCAUGAAGCACGCUGCCGAAUCUACCACUCCCAACGCGAACGGCCUACUUCUUGGCCUCGAUCUUGACGGCACCCUUGAAGUCUCGAACUCUUUCGCGCUCCCCGCACACCUUGCCGACGAAGAUGACAAGGCGAACAAGUCGAUGGCACGCUAUCAGGCAUCCAUGAUUCGCUCCUUGAAGGAGGUGCAAGGCGACGAUGGUGUCGUCGGCUUCUACCAGGCUACUACAAUGGGUGCAUUCUUCAAUCAGACCCUCAUCGAAACACAAGUCGCCAACCAAGAGCGACUUCGUCAUGGUGGCGUUGUUGUCGUUCACGAUCUCACCCAGGCAGCUCGCGGUGUGGCCGCCUUCCGUGCCUUCCGUCUUACCCCAGCGUUUUUGGACGCGUACAAGAGCUCUAACUUCAGCUCAUCAGGGCUCGCUACCCGUCGCCUUACCUUCUCUACCAUACUCGAAGAGAUCCCUCUCAAAAUCCGCACGAACCCGCUGCUGAGCGCGUUUGUCAACUCGCUUUCCAAGUCAACACCAUCCACCAGCGCCGAUGCCUCGCCCGAGACCUCUGCGUCGUGCGCAUUGCCGCCAUCGUUCAGAGCACUCGAUUUGGGCCCAACUGGCCUGACGCGCAACCUGGAGCAGAUCAUCGAUACCGUCGAUGCCUACCGUACCGAAGAGGGUAACCUCGCGUACAUGUCGCGGCAAAUCGCAAGGGAAAAGGCCAAGGCGGACUCCUACGUUGCGAAGCGCAAGGAGGAGAACGCAACGAGGGUGGCCCAAGGGUUGCCUCCCUUGCCCGAGGAGGACGUGUCGCGGAUAUUCAAGAUCCCGCAGGAGCCAAGCAGGUUGGACAGCAUGCUGUUGCUCGGGCAGUUGGACUCUUACGGGAACAGCCUUGGUGGGACAUCGCGGACCGGGUUGGUGAAGAUGUACGGCGCAAAGGCGAACAGCGCGAGCGCCUGA